GGAAUUACUUCACUGUCCAUGUGCACAUACAGUACUGCUUAGCUGUGCCACAUCGGUUUAUAUUGACAGAAAUUAAACACAUUACUUGACAAUGUAAUACCCGAAGAAAACAGACGUUUGAUGGGGUGGCUUUAAAUAAAGUUUAUUUUAAAAAAUAGCUUCCAAGGUUUGUGGCAGGCAGAAGCUGAGCCGAGGGAGAGAGAAGGCGGAGUCUAGGGCCCUGCACUACGGAUACACAAUAGGUCUGUUGUGCUGCUGCUGCCGAGUGGAGGGGAAAUGAAGAGAGUGAAUGAAAGGAAAAACUAAGAAAGUUAAAGAAGACGCGAUCGAUCCUGCGGCCGUCUCUGAGAAGCAGCAGCACAGGUUCCCACGCUGAUCUCGUUAAUUCUCAGAAAGGGAUGUGAGGAGAGCAGUGCAAGCUCACCAGGACAACACACUAGAGUGCACAGGAGUUUGGGAUUUAUGGGUACAUCAGGAUGAAACGCCACAGGCCUUCCAGUAGCAGUGACAGCUCUGACAAUGAGAGUCCCUCCACCUCGUUCUCCUCGUCCUACAAGUAUGGGGGCAAAGUGGGCACCCCUGUCAGCCAGCCGAAGAAGCCUGCUGAGGUGUUCAGAAAAGACUUGAUCAGUGCCAUGAAGCUGCCAGACUCGCACCACAUUAACCCUGAAGAGUACUACCUCCUGGCUGACACAUGGAAGCAGGAGUGGGAGAAGGGGGUGCAGGUCCCAGCCAGCCCUGACUCCAUCCUGCAGCCUUCCCUCAGGGUCAUCGCAGAGAAGCCGAAGGAGAGCCUGUUUGUUCGGCAACGGAAGUACAUCCAGUGCUCCAGCCAGGAGCCCGUGGAGUCCGGCUAUGUGAACAUCGUGGAGCUGGCUGAGUCCAUGUGCCGCUAUGACCUGGACGACAUGGACCUCUUCUGGCUGCAGGAGCUCAAUGCUGAACUGGAGGAGCUGGGUGAGGGAUGCAGUCUGCUAGAUGAGUUCACCAUGGAGAAGGCCAUGGAGGCUCUGGAGAGGCAGUGCCAUGAGAACAUGAACCACGCCAUCGAGACGGAGGAGGGGCUGGGCAUCGAGUAUGACGAGGACGUCAUCUGUGAUGUGUGCCGUUCCCCCGACAGCGAGGAGGGCAAUGACAUGGUCUUCUGUGACCAGUGCAACAUCUGCGUGCAUCAGGCGUGCUACGGGAUCCUGAAGGUACCGCAUGGCAGCUGGCUGUGCCGGACCUGCGUGCUGGCGAUCCACCCGCAGUGUCUGCUGUGCCCGCAGAGGGGAGGUGCCAUGAAGGCAACGCGGGCCGGGACUAAGUGGGCCCAUGUCAGCUGUGCCCUGUGGAUUCCAGAGGUCAGCAUUGCUUGUCCAGAGAGAAUGGAGCCUAUCACCAAGGUGUCUCACAUCCCACCCAGUCGUUGGGCGCUGGUCUGCAGUCUGUGCAAACUCAAGACGGGUGCUUGUAUUCAGUGCUCAGUGAAGAGCUGCAUCACAGCCUUCCAUGUGACCUGUGCGUUCCAGCACAGCUUGGAGAUGAAGACCAUCCUGGACGAGGGGGACGAGGUCAAGUUCAAGUCGUACUGCCUGAAGCACAGCAAGCCCAUGGCAGGGGAGCCCUGGCCCAAGCCUGCCACGGAGACGGAGAAGACCAGCCUACGUGCCCAGAAGCUGCUGGCACUGGAGGAGCAGUUCUACACCCUGGUGCGCUCCGAGGACCUGGCCUGCCAGCUGGGGCUGCCCGAGCAUGUUCUGGACUUCGUUUACCAGUACUGGAAACUGAAGCGCAAGAGCAACUUCAACAAGGCUCUGCUGCCGCCCAAGGAAGGGGAGGAGAACGUGUUGCUGCAGCCCAGGGAGGACAGCAUCCACACCCGCAUGAGGAUGUUCAUGCACCUGCGCCAGGACCUGGAGAGGGUAAGAAACUUGUGUUACAUGGUGAGCAGACGAGAGAAGCUGAAACUGUCUCAAAGCAAAGCACAAGAGCAGAUCUUCAACCUCCAGGUGCAGCUCGUCAACCAGGAACUCACUGCAGGGCUUCCCCUGUCAGGCCCGCUGGAAAGUGUGCUGUUCAGGGCCCCUCCUCGGAUAACGCUCAAACUGAAAAUGCCCAAAGGAGCUUUAGGAAACGGCAAGGCUGGCUUCAAGUCCGGGAACGGGCCCCUGUGCCCCGACAACAGCGGGAACGUCUCCAACAAGGGCAGUGGUGCUGCUCCGCAGGGGCCCCUGAGAGCCGGAGAGAAGAUCAAGUCACACCUCCGGGUUCGGAGAGAGGACGGCAACAACGGCCUGCUUCCCAGCUCGGGGCUCCCUCAGACAGACUGCCUGCCGGCCCCCCCUGUCAAACCCUCGGGGAAACCCAUGGCGCUCCAUGCUGCUCUGCAUGGGCAGCCUUCUCCUAAUGGGAAUGGCAGACUGGAGCGACAGCGCGUCUGGCCCCCCAAACCAAACGGACUCGUGGACAAAAGAGACGGCUCCUGCCAGACUCCCUGUGAGCAGGGCCUCCCCAAAAAGGGAGCAGGUAAUGGGGGUGGAGGCAGCUGCGGCGCUGGCAACUUCCGGAAAUCAGCUAUGGAGCACUUUAGCCGCUCCUUCAAGGAGGCCACAGACAGCCUGGUGCGGUCGACGGAGGACCUGCGAAGCUCUGGUAAACCCUCCCGUAAAAACACCGCCAAGGAGAGGCUGUGGACCAAACCAGCCCCCGAGAGGCAGGCCAGCAGCGGGCAGCCCUACCAGGAUAACGACGGCUACUGCCCGGAUCUGGAGCUGAGCGACUCGGAGACGGAGGCAGAUGGAAAGCGUGAGCCCUCACAUCUGCAGAGCAGCAGCUCGGAGGGGGACAGCCCAGUGCGGCACUACGGCAAAGGCAGCAGCUGCAGUAAAGUGGCUGUGGUGUGCCAGCACUCUGUGCAGAGGUGAUGACUGAUCGACUGACUGUGGCAGUGCAGCCUUCCAGCUCCCUGGCUCUCUUAAGGUCUGGCCUUGGCGCUGUGGUGCUACAAACAGGGAGUCCUAGGAAGGGCAGCGAGAGUUGGGUGUCAGUCGUUGACACGCCUGGUAGUCUUCAUCAUAUGAAGACUGUGCCCUCGGCCUGAACAGGCUUCCCCAGCAUAGGUUGCAGGUGUGGACUGGCAGCCAUUCAGCCCAUUCGCAUGCCCACCAGGUUUGCUGUAGAGCAGUAGGACUGUAUGAGGAGUCCUUCAAUUCAAUGAGGAAAAAGAAAUUGUCAUAAAUAUUACAAACGGUAUUCUUCUUCACGGGGGUGCCAGGUGCCAGGGAGUACAAGCCAUCUCUGACCUGUCCCGGAGGUUAGACCUUACAUAAAGGGCCGUGUUGUUCUUUGUCCUUUCUGUCCAGCUUCUUUUGAGUUGUACACAGAGCCAACUAAUAAAAAUGAUAUACAACUUUU